AUGGGAAAUAUGUUAUUUAUACCUUGUCUUGAUUAAACAAGAAAAAAUAGACUAAAAUCAGAAGAUUAACUUUAAUAAGAAGAAAAUUAUGGAGAUGUAUAUGAGGAUGAGUAUAAUAUUUCAACAGGAUUCAUGAAAUCUAAAUUCUAAAUAAAAAAAUUUGUUAAUAACUAAGUUUAAUACUUAUCAGAAAAUGGUAUAAAAAUGAAAAUGUAAAUAAAUAUUUGAUUAAAUUGUAGAGAUUAUAUCAAAGAUUAAUCCUAGAUUCAAGAAUCAAUUACAAAUCUAGAAUAAAUUAUGCAUUUAUAAUGGAUUGGUAAAUAUGGACAUGAUCAUCUAAAAAUUGGAAAAUGGACAGCAAUUUGGUAAGGUGAAUCUUUAAUUGAUAUUGGUGGCUUUUAUUCAAUCGAUGGAAAAAAAUAAGGCUAAUGGAAUUAAUUAAUAAAAAAUUAUAAUUAGUAAUAAAGAAAUUAAUUUUUUUAAAAGACAUGCUAAAGUUUAUGAAUUUGGAGAAUAUUACAAAAAUUUAAGAAUUGGGAUAUGGAAAUAGUAUUAUAAAGGUGAUUUUAUGUAUAAUAUAAAAAAUAUAUUUAUAGUUCUCAAGGAUAAUAUGAUUAAGAUGGAGAGAAAAUAGGAAAAUGGAUAGAAUUGAGCAAACAUUUUUCUGAGUAUUAAAGAAGAUAUUAUAAUUUAGUCAUAGUUAAAUAAUUUUUAAGGGAGAGUAUAAGCAUGGUGAAAAAAUAGGUCUUUGGGAGAUUUAUUUAAAAAGUUUUAUGGAUAACGAUAAAUCAUAUAAAUAAAUGUAAAAAUAUUUUAGAUAAUUAUAUUUUAGAGGUUAUGGAUUAUAUUAAUAUAAAAAAGGAAGUGAUUUUACAGUGAAAAAUGGAAAAUGGAUUGAAUUGAAUGAUGAAUAUUGUUGGUAUAUAUAUUAAAUUAUUUAUAAUUUUAGUGAAUAUUAAGUUAUUCAUAAAGGUAGAUAUAAUGAUGGAAUAAAAAUUGGUAGUUGGGAUAUUUUAGUUAAAACGUUUGAAUAAAAAAGUUUUAGAAAAAUGUAUGGAUAUUUAAUUUAAUACUUAUGAUUCUUAAAUAAAUAAGUGGAGGAGGAUCAUAUUAAGAAAUUAAAGAAUAGAAUAAUGAAUUUUUAUAAGGGGUGAAAAUAGGAAAAUGGAUAGAGGUAAUUAAUGGGUUUAGAAGGUAAAAUAAUUUGAUUGUGAAUUCUUUUUAGUGAACGUUAAGUAAUUUUUAGUGGUGAAUAUAAUAAUGGUUUAAAAGUUGGUAGAUGGGAUACAUUCUGGAAGGAUAAUGAUCGAAGUUCUUAUAAAUAAAUGUUUAUCUUCAUGUUUAUUAUAUAUAGUGGUGGAGGAUCUUAUGAUUAUGAAAAAAAAGAUGAUGAUGUCAUUUAUUCAGUUAAAGUAGGAUGUUGGGUAGAAUUAAGUGAUAACUUUUGCAAGUAAUUUAUAUAUUUAAAUAUUUAUAAUUAGAAAUUAUUAAGUCAUAUUUAAAGGUGGAUAUAAAAAUGGUAAGAAAGUUGGUAGAUGGGAUACAAGAUAUAGAUGGAGAAAUAUGUAUUACAUAACUUUAAGUUUUUCUAUUUUAGUGGAGGAGGAUCAUAUGGAAUAAACUAAUUUAUAGAAGGAAAUUAAUAGAAAACUGGAUAAUGGAUUGAAUUGGGUGAUAAUUUUAAUAAGUAUCUUAAUUAUUUUUAUAAUUAGUGAUUGUCAAACUAUUUAUAAAGGAGAAUAUAAAAAUGGAAAAAAAGUUGGGAAAUGGGAUAUUUUAUAUAGAAAUCAUCCUUUUAACUCAUUUCUAUAAAUGUAAUAAUUCUAAUUUUAAAUUAUUUUAAAGUGGUGGUGGAUCAUAUCAUCAAGAUGUUAGAUUUUGUUUUGGAAUUAAGUAAGGUAAAUGGAUAGAAUUGAUAAAUGGAUUUUGUUAGUAUUAAAUUAUCAUUAAUUAUUAGGUAACGUUAGAUACUUUGUGAAGGUGAAUAUCAUUUUGGUAAAAAAGUAGGGAGAUGGAAUUAUUUAUUUAAGUUUCAUGAAAAUGAACCAUUUGAAUAAAUGUAAUAAAACAAAUUAUAAUGCAUUUUAUUUGAUUUUUUAGAGGUGGUGGAUUAUAUGAACAAAAAUAUAUAGAUUAAAAUGAAAUUAAUUGCUUAAGCAUCAAAUAAGGAUUAUGGAUUGAAUUAUUUGAUGAUUUUUGUUGGUAUUGUAUGAUUGAUUAUUUAUUAUUGAUAGCCCUUCUUAAAUAAUUUAUUAAGGAGAAUAUCAUUAAGGUAUCAAGGUUGGAAGAUGGGAUAUUUUUUAUUUGAGAUGUCAAAAUAAAAUUGAAUAAAUGUAAUAAUUACAAUUAUCAGUCCUCAAAUAUUAAUUAUUUUUUUGUAAAGUGGUGGAGGAUUAUAUGCGAUAAACAACAAUAAUAAUAGUGUUAUUAGAAUUGGUUUAGGACAUAAAUCAGGAAAAUGGAGAGAAUUGUUAGAUUGGUAUUUCAGUAUAAUACAUUUUUAAAGGGAACACUAAAUUAUUUAUGAAGGAGAAUAUUUAUACAGUCAAAAGGUUGGAAAAUGGGAUAUUUAUUUAAGGAAGAAUUAGGAUGAAUAAUUAGAAUUAAUGUAAAAAUUAUUUAAUUCAAUUUCAAUUAUUUUUUAGUGGUGGUGGAUAAUAUGAUUUAAAACAAACAUGUUUUGGGUAUAUAUCAAUAAAGACUGGAUAUUGGGUUGAUGUAUAGCAUGAAUUCUAAAAGUAAUAUAUUUAGACUUCAAUUCAUAUAGUUUGGUUUUAAAUAGUGGAGAAUACAAAGAUGGUUAAAAAUUUGGUAGAUGGAAUUAAAUGUUUAAAAAAAAUAAUUUUUCAUUUGAAUCUAAUUAAGAAUAUAGUAGCUAGGGUGAAUUUUAAAUUUGAAAUAAAUAAUGAAUUUAAAUAUUUAUUUUAAAUUAUAAUUUUUUAUGUUAUAAACCAAAUUAUUGAAAUAAAUUAAAAUAUAAUACUCAGUCAAAUUAUUACAUACAAGUUAAUUUUACAUUCAUAAUUAUUAAUACAAAAAUUGCAAGAUAGAUAUUGCUAAUUCUAAUUUCAUUAAGUUUUCAAUUAACUUUAUACUAAUAUUUUAUGUAAUGAUUCUUUUUAUCACUAGUCUAACUGGCAAAAAUAAUCAAACACUAGGAUAAAAUAAAUGGUUGAUUUUUCAAUUGAAUGGGUCGCAUAAAUUUAUUAUUUAAAUAUGAUGAAAUUAGUAAGAAUUUACACUUAUAAGGAAUAAUUUAUAUUUUUGGGGGUGAUUCCAAAAUUUGAUAAAAAUAAAUAUAACAUAACAAUUAUUCUAUAAAUAAUGAUCCAUUUUUUUAAGUUUUUCAAAUUAACUAAUACAAUUUUAAAAUAUAUAGAAAUAUAAGAGUUAAACUAUAAAUAAAAUCAUAUUUUAACUAUCGCUUCUAGCAAUGACUAGAUAUUAUUUGAAUAUUCUUAGAAAUGUAUUGGAGAUGAAAUAUAAAAGAUAAAAUUAUAUUUAAGAGUAGAUUAUUGA